GCAAUUCAUCUUCCGGUCGCGUAUCGAUGAAGAGGAAACAACAUCAUGGUUUGACCCAAACAACGAACAAAUGCUGCUGAACUUUCAUAACAUUAACAUUAAGGUUACAUGUGAGGGGACAACUCUUAACAUUCAAAGCGUUGUGUGUUGCCGUCGUCGUCUAUCGAAAUGCAGUUCCAGUAACGGUCGUCAACGGUUACGAGAGCCAAGCUACGGUAGCGAGCUGUACGUCAUAUGAAGCCUCCCAGCAUGCUGUUCACUCACAGGUGUUUUCUGACAGCGCUCGGACACACAGCAGGUAAACUCCGGCUGAGAGCCGCCGGUAUACGGUGCUGCUCCACGGUUCAGGGUGAAGUGAGGGUCCGGUUUGCACCUAGUCCGACAGGUUUCUUGCACCUUGGAGGCCUUCGAACUGCUCUCUACAAUUACAUAUUUGCCAAGAAGUAUGGAGGCUCGUUCAUCCUGCGACUGGAGGACACUGAUCAGAGCAGGCUGGUACCAGGAGCUGCAGAGUCCAUAGAGGACAUGCUCGAGUGGGCCGGUGUACCUCCUGAUGAGAGUCCUCGUCGCGGUGGGCCGGUGGGUCCGUACCUGCAGUCUCAGAGACUAGAUCUCUACGGUCAGAUAGCCCAGCAGCUUGUCGAGAGCAAUCACGCCUACUACUGUUUCUGCAGCACUCAGAGACUUGACCUGCUCAAGAAAGAGGCCUUAAGGACUGGACAGACACCUAGGUAUGACAACAGGUGUCGUCACCUUCAGCCUAAGCAGGUGCAGGAGAAACUGGCGCAAGGAGUCCCGCAUGUGAUCAGGUUUCGCCUGGAAGAAGGUGUCGAGCCUUUUCAGGAUCUGAUCUUUGGAUUCAGUCAUCACGAGGUGGCCAAGGUGGAGGGAGACCCUGUGGUAAUAAAAGCAGAUGGCUUUCCCACCUAUCACCUCGCUAACAUAGUGGAUGAUCAUUACAUGAGGAUCAGCCAUGUGCUGCGAGGGUCCGAGUGGCUCAUCUCCACCUCCAAACAUCUCCUCAUGUACCGUGCUCUUGGAUGGCGGCCGCCCACCUUCGGACAUCUGCCGCUCCUGAUGAACAAAGACGGCGGCAAACUGUCCAAAAGGCAGGGGGACAUAUUCAUCGAACGCUUCCAGAGAGACGGCGUCCUGCCGGAGGCUCUGCUGGAUAUCACAACCAACUGUGGAUCUGGAUUCAGCAGCAAUCGAAUUGGGCGGAGGAUAGAUGAACUGAUCUCUGAGUUUAAUCCUUCAAAGAUUACAACACAUUCUGCUCUGUUAGACCUGGAAAAACUACCAGAGUUCAACAGAAUUCACCUACUACACCGUAUUGAAGAUGAGGAGCAGUGCCAAAUGCUGAUAAAAGAUCUGCAGGGACAGAUCCAGCAGGCCUACACAGCCGAGAUCCAGGAUAAGGAAGUACUACACGAGGGUUAUAUCAGACGGGUGCUACAUCUUCGUAAGGGUCACAUAUGCUCCCUUAAAGAGCUUGUGAGUCCUACUUUCUCUUACCUGUGGGUGCGUCCUUCUGUCUCCAGCCAGCAGGUGGCAGCGAUCACUGCAGACGCAGAGCACAUUGCUUCAUUAGUGCUGAAAUUGGUGGCUGAGCGAGGUGAGGACCUGGCAGUGGAUCGACUCAGUGAAGAUCUGAAGGCUCUCGCUAAGCAGACUAAAGCCACGAAAUACAGAGAAGUGAUGAAGCUGUUGCGUCUGGCUCUCAGCGGUCUGCAGCAAGGUCCCAGUGUAGCUGAGCUGAUGGUGUGUUUGGGGCCCGCGGAGAUCAGCCAUCGAUUGCAGAAACUUGUGCUGCUUUCAGAGACUAGUUAAAGACUGCAUUGUCACCGCACAGGCUGCUGGGAACCCGAUGCAGACAGGAGCUGCUACCCUGGAUGAAUGAACUGCACGGCGCUCAUAUAACUGAAACAAUACUUGAAUUACUACAAAUAUCUUAUAAAAAAAGAGAUUUUACUCA